AGCGUUUGCCCCUCCCACUUCCCAAAUCACGGCAGUCCUCUAGCUGCAACUCUUGUCUGUAUUCGGCGUGAAGGACAGACUGAAGGAAAGAAUAAAAGCCGUCCCCCCAGCUCCCACUCCCUGUCAUUCUGCAGCAGGACUCUGAGCUGAACUCACUGCUCGUCGCUUGUCAACAAGGACCUGUACUUCAUUCUUAUCCACAGAGGGAGAUUUAUUAAUAAGGAAAUAUAAAAGCUGAUGUGGAAUAAGGAUUUAAUGCUGUUUAGCUUAUCCAGGAUCAGGGGGUCAGUGCAAUACAUUUGGUGCUUAAUGAGAAAAUAACUGCCCUUGUGAAUUAAAGGAACGUGUCUCUGUCACUGGCACAGCUCUACGCUCUAAGGUCCAAGUAUAAAGCUUCAGAUGUCAUUGUCAAUUGUGACUCUUCUGGUCAGCGCAGCAUUGUCAAAUGAACUGCUGGAAAAUGAAAAGGAAUGGGGCAAAAUAUCGUGGAACAGAGAAACCACAUUAGCCUUUGCCAACAGCUGCCGGCAGUACCGAUUCUCUACCAAUGGGGAACACCUGUUGAACCAACAUCUCUCCAUCAAAAUAGGGACCACAACAGAAUACUGCCAUUUCCAGAUGAAGUUCCCUGAACAUAAAGAAACUUGCACUAAUUCCUCCCACGUGACUCUGAUCAACGACACUUCUUUGCUCCUGGAAACAACGGACGUGGAAUAUAAGACUUUUUAUCUGGAAUACGGGGCUGGGAAGGUGGGGAAGUCGGUGGAGGCCAUAUUUGCAGGUUUUUGCCAAAAUAAAUCUGAGAAUCCCAUCCCAACCACUUCCAAUUACAGUUCCAUGUGGCUGGUGAUAGGAGCGAUUGUUCUCAUCUCAAUAGUUAUUUUCGUAGUCGCGUACAUAAUCUAUAGAAGGUGGAAAGCUCCACAGUUCAUCUGUCUACAGCAUCAGUCAAAUAUGAAUGCCGAAAACAGGGACAUGAAAAGUGGACCUGAUGAAGUUAAUGAGGCGCUGAUCUCUGCAGAGGGCAACUCCCAACACGGCAAGCAUAAAAACACAGAAGAGGAACUAGAACCCCUGAGGGACAAAAUGGAGACAACGUGUGAGACAGAAUUCUUGUACUUGACCACAAGAGAAGAUCCAUAUGUUCUGGAACAGUGACCUGGAACUCUCACCUUGUCUGGCAAAUGAGUGUAUGGCACAUGUAUUAUAUCCUAAACUGAUGUCAGUGCCAGCCAAUGACUUUGCCUUUUCUUCUCUUUAAAACCUGCCUGAAUGAUGCACUUUCAUGUAUUUUUGUCAAAAAAAAAUACAGCUCCCGCAUCACAAUUCUCAUAAUGUGCCUUGAAUUCAGGAAGGGUAGCAUUGAUUAACGUGAUCUGGACUGAGGCUUCAUGAAUUAUUUCUGGACACUCGAGUCAAGGGUAUAAAUGACUGUCUGCUGAAAUAAUGAGUAUCUCCUCAUGACAUGCUUAUCUUCCUUCACAGUGUUAAAGGGAUAUUUUACUCUAUACAUGAGGUUUACACUUAUUUUCUCAUAGCUAUUUAUAACCCAACUUUAGUUACCAAAUGCUCCUCACGGUUUAUUCCAGGCAGAUCACCAGUUACAUUCCUGACAUGGAUGAGCCUUCAACUUAUGAAGAAGAUAGUGGUGCAAAAAUGUGAUCUUGGGUUCUGAAAACAUGAUAAGAAUGUAAAAUAACUAUUUAUUGCACAUGCAAAUUCAAAUUCAGAUACCACCAUAGAGCCAGAACCUGGAACAAAGAACACAAUUUAGCUCUUGGGUUCUAGUACUCACAUUCCAGUUUCUGCAAUGACCUACAAGAAGGCCCCUUUUCCAUCAGUCUAGGUACUUAGGUCACUAAUGUGGUGGAAUUGCCCACCUGGAGUAAUAAGCUCAUAUUUCUUAAUGGAACUGCAGGAUGCUCACCGUUUUGUACUUGUGGAGCACUUGAACGUAGGAUCCAACUUCUCUCUUGCUAGACUUUAUUCACAGGGCCCCUUGCUCAAAGUGGGACUUAACUUAAUUCCAUCAUUAUUGCUCCGCAGAGAAACACCAUCCAGGUGGAGUAAUAAGCUCAUAUUUCUUAAUGGAACUGCAGGAUGCUCGCGGUUUUGUACUUGUGGAGCACUUGAACGUAGGAUCCAACUUCUCUCUUGCUAGACUUUAUUCACAGGGCCCCUUGCUUAAUUCCAUCAUUAUUGCUCCGCGGAGAAACACCAUCCAGAUGGUUAACUUCGAUCCUUCAGUUUGCCUAACUACAGUGCAUUGGAAAUCGGGUUUUUUUCUGCUCAAGACUCCAAUUCCCACACUGCUUUGCACAUCUCUGUAAUUGUUCUUCCUCUGAGGUCUGUCAAUUACAAACCAAGCAGAGAAUUGUUGGAAUUGAAGUCCUGACCGUAGGAGAGCUGAGUAACAUUACAAUGUUGCAGUGGCAUGAGUCGUUACAGUAGGAUAGGAAUUAAUGGGGCAGAUAGACAAUACAUUUAAUAGUAAUUAUAUUUAUAAAUAACUUCACAAUCUGCAGACAUUAUUAAUGUGUAUGCAAUAAAUACAUUAUACAAAAAACUAUUUGAAGGGUCUCAUAUACAUCAUUCUAUAUGAAGGAUCACAUUACUAAUGAGUCCUGAUAAAGAAUGAAUCUACUAAUCCUUUAUUGUAUCUCUCCUUAUGUUUCUCUAGCUCAUAAUCUUCAGUCUCUUUCCUUACUCCUUGGUUAUAUACCACUGUAAUAAUCAUUAAAGGUUAAUUGUAGAGUUGCAAUAUAGCGAUGUAUCAUUAUUAUGAUGGGCAAGAUGCCCUUUACAGGGAAGCUAUGACAAAAAAUGGACAUUUUAUAUGAGCUUUCUUGCAGAAAUAAUCUUUCUAAUUGUCAUGUACGGUUUCUGAAAUAAUAAAUGUAAUCAUCAAUA